AGUUGAAUUAUUUUAAUCAGAACAUAAAGGCAAUUCGAAACUAUAAAUACAAAUACAAGUGUUGGAGGGAGAAAACUGAAAAAACAGAGCUUCAUUCGUUCUGACUCCGAGAGUUCCGCGUUAGAAAAAAGCAAAUUAUCCUUCCAGCUUGAAUACAGUUGAAGAAGCUCUGUCACCUCGUCUCGUCUCGUCUCGUUGACAUUCUUUCAAACAGCUCAUGUGCUUUUUCUAUUUCAGGAUCUGCUGAAUUUAAUCCCGGGAUACAUUCAAUUGUUAACAAUGGAGGAUGCUGGAGAGUCCAAGAUGGAGGAUGCUGGAGGGUCUAAAUUGAUUGGAAUGAGACAGAUUGCAAGAUUAAAGGAAAUAUUUCAGAAGUGGCAGCAUGUGGCAAAAGAUUCUGAUGAACAUGCAGAUGUGAAUCUUGGAGGCAUAUCACCAAUGAUUAACAAGAGGUUAACCACUGUUGUGUACUGUGAUUCUGAUGAUGAUAGCUGCCCAAGCCCUCAAGGACCACAUGAUGUUCCCAAAGGGUACUUAGCCGUCUAUGUCGGUCCGGAGCUUCGGAGGUUCAUCAUUCCCACCAGCUACCUUACCCACCCUCUCUUCAAAAUGUUGCUGGAAAAGGCUGCUGAGGAAUUUGGGUUUGACCACAGUGGUGCACUCACCAUUCCAUGUGAAAUUGAGACUUUUAAGUACCUCCUCAACUGCAUGGAGAACACCCAUCAGCAACAUGAUGACAGCCCCUAUGUUGGUGGAAUUGCAGCUGACAACACAGGAACAAUUGAAGAGUAAAUAAUGAUAGUGGUGCAGAUGAUAGUGCUGGUGUGAAACGGAGGUUUCCUUGCAUCAUUUUUGUUUUGGUUUGUUAUGUGAACAAUAAUAGAAUACCCCAAUUAGAAAGAUUUCUUGUCUCUUAAUAGCAAUUGGCUGGUAGAAUUGUCGUUAAACCUCCAGGUACUCUAUGCUUUGGUAUAAGAAUUAUAUCCAAUGUUCUCCUCA